CGCUUGGUCCCUUGCCUCGUGGAGCGUCCGCCUCUCUGCGUCCUCGCUGCAGCGGCACCAGCCAGAGCAUCCCGUUAGGGGACUAGCCAUGAUGCACCACUGGGGAUACGAUGAGCACAACGGGCCUUCUCGCUGGAAGGAACUUUUCCCUCUCGCUACUGGAGACCGUCAAUCUCCCAUUGAUAUCCAAACCCAGACGACCAAAUAUGACCCCACUCUGCGUCCUCUCUACCCUAACUAUGACCCUUCCUCUGCUAAAGUUAUACUCAACAAUGGACACUCCACCAGUGUGGAAUUUGAUGACACUGAAAAUAAAUCAGUGCUGAGUGGGGGUCCACUCAUUGGAAACUAUAGGCUGCGGCAAGUUCACUUCCAUUGGGGGCCCAGUGAUGACAUUGGCUCUGAGCAUGCAGUGGAUGGGACAAAAUUUGCAGCAGAGCUCCACGUGGUCCAUUGGAACGCAGACAAAUACGCCAGUUUUGUGGAGGCUGCUGGCCAGGCAGAUGGAUUAGCAGUCAUGGCUGUUUUCUUACAGGCGGGUGAAUGCAAUUCGCAGCUGAAGAAAAUCACAGACCAUUUGGAUGCCAUCAAAAUUAAGGGUAAACAGCACAGGUUCACCAACUUUGAUCCUUCCUGCCUGCUGCCCCAUUCACUGGACUACUGGACUUACCUUGGCUCCCUCACUUCUCCUCCUCUUCUUGAAAGUGUCAUCUGGAUCAUUCUCAGGGAGCCUAUAAGCGUUUGCUCAGAGCAGCUAGCCAAAUUUCGCAACCUCCUGUGUACUGGUGAGGGAGAAGCCGCCUUCUGCAUGCUGAGAAACUUCAGGCCGCCACAGCCUUUAAGGGGCCGGGAAGUGAGAAGAAACUGAAGGGGAGGAAAAGCAAGGAUAAUUCAUAGCAAUGGCUGAUACUAUUUAGCAAGCGGAACCCAUUUUAAUAGGUUAUGUUAAGUUUUAAUGAUUUUUUUUUUUAAGGAUACCUUCUAAUUAGGUCUCAAUUUUGGUAAAUAGAAAGCAUUUUUAAGUCCUAGGUAUUUUGAGGGAGAGGUAUAAGCCCAUGCUUAUGUUUCUCAAGUGAAAUAGGCAGACCUUAAAAUGCUUCAGAUUUCCUGGAUUGUUCCCCUAAUUUUUAGCACAUAAUCCAUAAAUACGCUAAGGUAUUAUAAUUAAUAGAUACUGUUUUGUUGCUAUGUAACUAUGAUAGACAGGCACUCACGACUCAAUAAAAAGAAUAGGAUUUAUGUUGUAGUAAAUAAGAUUGGGUAUUGUAUUGUGGUUGAUUAAGAUACAGUUAGUUAUAGCAAAAUAAGAGUUUUUCAGAGUUGUAGCAGUUGAGCCAGUCUUGUGUUUUGUUUGGUAUGGUGAUGCUCUCUUAUCUAGGUUGGACAGAUAUCAGUUGGGAAUGUUAGUUUGGGGUGGCCCAUCUAAGGCAGAGGGUUAGACCAGAUGAUCCAUUUGGAUCCAUUUCAACUUGCCCUGGGUUUACCACUAGCAUUCCCACAUGAACACUCUGGGUGUCCUUUAGCAGAAACCUUAGGGGUUAAACCACAGAGGUUCAAACCCAUUUAAAUGCAUAGUAUAGAUGUGCUGUGAUCUGAUCAUAGAAAACCUGAGAUUCCUCCCAUCCCUCCAGACAUCCUCCACAGGCCCCCUUUCCCUGCCUCCUACAAACUGGAAGGGGGUGAAAAACAGGCCACGUUAUUUCCUAACUUCCUUGCCAGAGGCCAUAUCUAGAGAAUAAGUGCGACUUAGGUGUGGCUUAGAUAGUGACUUAGGAAUCUUCACUUACCUCAAAAACUGCCAAUUCCUUAGAAUUCUUGUAGCGCUGCAUCAUUUGCUUCAAUGCCUUAAGCCUUAAAAAAGAAAUUGAGGCCUUUUGAGCAAAGCACUUUUAAGGAGCAGAAGCCUCUGGUGGCCAAAAUGUGGAGCUGAGACCUAAUUAUAUACUACAAGGAGAAGUGUGGGUGCUGCUGCCCCACAUCUUCGUGGUCGCUAAUUAUCGGGGGUAAAGUGUAACAUGACAAUCAUAUCAGCAUUUUCCCACUCCAUGAAACACACAACCACCGAAGUGUCAGGGGAAGAGGUGUGGCAAUGCUAACAUGACAAUGUUUUUCCAUUUUACCUUUACUAGUAGAGACAUGAGUUCAUAGGAUGUGUGUGUUUGUGUGCGAUUGCAAGUUCAUGUUUGUAUGUCGGGAUGUUAAUGAUGCUUUGCCAAUGGCAUAUUUACAUAAAUAUAUUUUCAGUCCAGAGUUGUACCUAAUAUUUUCAUGUUGUCUGAAUGGCUGCAUGGAAGAUUCUAAAGUUGUUUGCGUCGUUGACAGGAAAACAGUGGAGCUAAAUUGGCUGAUUGCAUGUUUUCAUAUUAGAAGAAAUGGUGGGGGUGGGGGUUCUAAUAAUUUAUUAGCAAUAAAUUGAGUUUAUUUUGCAACUUUAUAUUUAUGAAAUAAAUAAAAGCAAGUG